CUGAGGCUAAGCUCACUACACCACCGGCAGCAUGAGAUUCACUGCUCUCCUCUUCCUGGCCGCUGUGGCUGGGGUCAUGGUCUGUGCAGAAGAAACUGCCCCAGCUCCCGCAGAGGCUCCUGCCCCAGAUGCUCCUGUCCAGGAUACUCCUGCUGAACAGGCUCCUGCCUCAGAAGCUCCUUCCCAGGAUACUCCUGCUGAACAGGCUCCUGCCUCAGAAGCUCCUUCCCAGGAUACUCCUGCUGAACAGGCUCCUGCCUCAGAAGCUCCUUCCCAGGAUACUCCUGCUGAACAGGCUCCUGCCUCAGAAGCUCCUUCCCAGGAUACUCCUGCUGAACAGUCUCCUGCCUCAGAUGCUCCUGUCCAGGAUUCUCCUGCUGAACAGGCUCCUGCCUCAGAAGCUCCUUCCCAGGAUACUCCUGCUGAACAGUCUCCUGCCUCAGAAGCUUCUUCCCAGGAUACUCCUGCUGAACAGGCUCCUGCCUCAGAAGCUCCUUCCCAGGAUACUCCUGCUGAACAGGCUCCUGCCUCAGAAGCUCCUUCCCAGGAUACUCCUGCUGAACAGGCUCCUGCCUCAGAAGCUUCUUCCCAGGAGUCAGCCGAGGAAACUUUGGAAGAAAAAAAAAAUUUCAUAGAAAAAGUGGGAUCCAUUUUCAAGGACAACAUAGAAAAACUAAAGGAUGCAAAAGCCAAAAUUGAGGAACAUAUAAAAGAAAAACAUGAAGCUAAUAAAGAAAAAUUUAAAGGUUCCAUUAUCAAGGACGAGACAGCAAAGCUGAAGGAUACAAAUGAAUAG